AUGUCGGCGGCGACAUAUGAAAUCAAUGACGACCGAGUUUACCAAGAUAUGCUCAAUCCCCUGGGAUUCUCCUUUGCGUUGUCCCUAUGCAUAGCUCUGGCAGAUCUCAAGACAGGAUUCCCAGGUGAAUCUAGGUGUGGGUGUUGUGUCACGGCCAGUAGGAUGAGCCAAGACCGCGAGUCCUCUCCGAGCCCGCAUAGCCUUGGCCAUGUGCAGCUCCUGCAAGAGAUAGGCGUUGCGCUCUUUGAAGAGAUUCCCGAAGAUCACAAGGAGAAAUGCAUCGUGGCAUUGGGCGAGGAGCCAAGUGAGCCAAUUCUGGUUGGGGACUUCGAGCAGGACUCUGAAAACCAGAGCAAAAACCACUGGUGUAUCUCCGUGUUGCUGGAGUUUGAGCCCUUCCGCUAUCGAUUGCCGACCAAGCCAGAACUGCAAAUCAUUUGGCGGGCAUUCAACUUGAAAGCCAAGGGGCUGGCCGUGCGUGACACUGCAAACCUCACAAUGGAGCAGCACUUGGACGCACUGAUCAACCAGUGUCGGGUUCUCUGGUCUUCCAUCCGAAGCCUAUGGCGGAACAGCCCGGCCAAAUCUCGCUUUCCCUACAUCCAAGCGUUGAAAGAUUGCAUGAGGAUCAGAGGGGAAACCAGUCCAGUGGCCGAGAUUGCGAUUGAACAUGACGAGACCCAGGAAAGCCAACUUGCCUGUGCUGAUGACGGAUCAGAUUCCGAUGACAGCAAGGAGGGCUAUGAGCUUGAUCACAUAUGGGAGGUUCUGGACAGGUUGGAUCCAAACUCCUUGCCUGAUGGCAGCCCCGAGAUUGGAGGGGAACUUGGUGACUAUGAUCUGGGUGAAGAGGGAGGGGAAACGUUGGGUGAAGAGGCUGAGGAAGUCAAGUCCACAGUGGGAGAGGAAGAGGAAGAGGAUACAGGGGAUGAGGCUGCGUCUGAUCCAGAAUCCCUGGCCACUACCAUUUCGUUGGGUCCCAAUUGGUCUCCAGUGCUUCGAGGGUCUGCCAGGCCUGCUGAUCAGGACACGCAGCAGGUCCAAAGUCCUGAGCCAUCGCCCAGCAAGGAACAUAUGCACAUUGAAAGUUCAAAGAAGGAGUUGAAUCAGCCUGCACCUCCUGGCUUUGCGCGUGCAAAGUCGCAGAUUUGGUCGGACCCGGAACUUUCACCCGUUGAGGUUAAGAACCAAGGAGGUCAAAAAAAGGAAGAUACUACAGAAGAGAUCUUGGAAAGCUUUUCCGCGGAGUACCAAGAGGUUAUCUAUGUCCUUCCAGCUGAGUUCCACCCUACAUCGGCAAAGCAUGGCCAGCACUCUUACACCACGGUGGUGCAGGGCAAGGCUCGUGUCGAAGUAUUGCUUCGGCAGCGCGCCUUCAAGCCAAAGAGCGAUGUUCAUGGGAAUCUGUUGAAGGCAUCCCAGAUUCUAGGUCCAAAGGGGACAUGGCUCUAUUCGAACGUGGAGUCCUUGAUUAAAGACCUUUACUUGUACACUGACAGUCAAGGAAAAGGCCGUGUUUGCGGAGAUUCAGAUCUUAAGCGAUCCCAGCAUUACCCCAUCCUGUUUGGACGCACCAUUGCUGAGACCUACUUGAGGGAGAUGUCUGCCAUCAAAGCCAAUGCAUAUGAGCACAGGCUAAAGCUCCUUGACCAUCCCCGGCCAGAGAUGAAGGAUCCCUGGCAGCAGCGAUCUUUGAAGAAGGCUGAGAAAAGCAUAAAAGGAAAGAACCAAGAUGUUAGAUCAGGUGAUUCCACCAGAUCCUCUUCAGUGGAUGCAACCCGGAAGAAGUUGACUUUCGCUGUGCAGAACAAGGUUCAUAGGAUCAGAGCUGAGAACCCUCCAGGAGAGCGCCGCCCGGCGCAGCCCGAGCCUGCGUUGAGGAAAUCUGCCAAGGCCAAGAUGACCGAAAACGAGGCAGAUUCCAUCCUGGCCAAGUUCGUGAAGGACCAGCAGGAGUCAAAAGCAGCUGCUUCGGGAUCAGAGAGUGAAGGUUCCCAGGCACCAGAGGAAGAAUCUGACUCAGAAGGUUCAAGUUCCGAGGGAGAAGGAAGUGAUGAUGUGAAAGAGGUGAAAAAGAAUGGGCGUGAGGGAAAGGCAAGUGACAGAAAGGACAGCAAGGGAAAGACAGGCAAGACCGAAGUGACCACUGAAAAGAACAGCAAGCCGACGAGUGGAAAUCCGGACAGUGGCAGUAGCACAGACAAGAGAACAAAGAAGCAUGCCAAGGCAACAGACAAGAAGAAGGAAGAAAAGACUGUAAAAGGAAAGGACAAGGAGGAAGAAACGCAAGAGGGCUCGGAGGACGAAGGUUCAGCCUCCAGCUCAUCAUCUACGGAAGAUGAGCAGGACUCCCAGUGCAGACCCGUUGGCAGCUUUGUCAAAAAUCCAAUUUAUCCCAAAUCGGAUGUUCGCAGGUGGACUGUUAAGGGUUCUAUCUGGCCCUAUCUCUCCCGGAAGGAAAAUGAAGAAAAGCAUGGAGAUGAGGAAGAAAAGGAUGGAGAAGAGGAGAAUGAACAUGAAGAAAAGGAGGCCGCAGAAGAUGCAGGGAGUGAUGAUGACAUGUCAGACUCCUCGGAGGACAAAGGAGAGGAGAGCGACGAUGAGAGCAGUGAAGAUGAACAACAAGAAGCUGAAGAAUCAGAGGAGGAGGAUGCAAUGAACACCGACGAAGAGAAGGACAGUGAUGAUGAGGAGACGCCCCAGACAAAGAAGCCCACCAAGGUAGAGAACAAGGCUGCUCAAAAGGAAGUGAAGAAGGGCGACCAGAAGGCAAUGAAGAAGGUUGACGAGAAGAAAGAGAAGGGACAGAAGUCAGAAGGCCGUGAGGAUGGGAAGAGCGGCGCAAAGAGGAAGCAGGAGCUUUGUAGAUUUGACGACUUGAUUGAGGAAGCGGGCCAGAUGCUCCAAAAGUAUGACAAGAGAGACAAGAAGACAAAGGUCCCCAGAGAAGAGCGAGAUUGCCAGACAGCAACAGAGGAAAAGGUAGUUGAGAAGAAGGACCAGAAGGAAAAGAAGGCAAAGAAGGAUAAGCAGGGUGGCAACCAGGACAGCAAGGACAAGAAGGAUAAGAAAGAUGCCAAGGAUGGCAAGGUGGUCCACAAGAAGGAGGACAAGGAUGAAGGCUCAGGUGUUGCAAAGAAAGAGAGAAAAGAUGACAAGAAGAAGUCAAAGGCCAAGGAUGAGACAGGCGAUGGAAAGAAGAGGAAGCUAUCUGACGCAGAUGCCACACCAGAAGCAAGUGAGAAGAAGCGCAAAGAGGAGAACAAGGAGACCGCUGUGGCGAUUGUUGCCACCCAGCCCACCAGCGGCAUCAUCAAGAAGUCCGGGAACAAGGAAAAGACCGAGGAUGAAACACGUGAAGAAGACAAGACGGACAAGAAGCUUCAAGAGGCUGAACAGAAUAUGAAGGUCAACAGCACCACCCACCGCAAAAUGUGGAUGAAGUUCUUGAGAUUCCGCAAGAACAAGAAAAAGAUGAGGAUGUGCCCAGCACACAUGGUCGCAGCUUUGCAGUCAGAGGAGCAGCGACAAAAGAUCUUUGCGGACUUCGUUAAGGUGGGUGGGAAUGUUGACCACUUAGUGCUGAAGUAUGAGGCGGGCUUGACUGAAGCCCAAUCUUCCAACAUUCAGUGGAUCCAGGACCCAGAGCUGCCAGACGAUGAGGAGGAGAGAUUGUACUUUACUAUGAUCAACAUGGAUAUGUCCAACCUGACUGAAGUGCGGCGCCUUACCAAGCUUGAAAUGGAAGGGUGCAUCGACCAAGCUGGAUUGGAUGAGUUUGUCAAGGCUGGCGGGGUGCUGGAUCCAAACGCCCAGCUCAAGCUGUCCGACUUCACUGGCAAGGGUGGCUGUGACAAGCUUGUUACACCGCAGACCCCAUUGCAGAAAGCACAGACCCUGGUCAACAAGGUGCUCAAGGAUGUAAAUGAGUGUCGGAACGGUGCGUUCAAACUGAAGCCCAUCAAGAUGUCAGCUGACCUUAUCAUGCAGUUGAAUGCCGUCGCAGUGAAACUGGAAGGGUGUGCAACCAUCCUUCAAGAUCUGAUCGCGAAAAAGAAGAACAAAACGAAGCAUUACAUCAGUGUGAUUGCUGAGGUGGAGAAGUUCACCACGUUGGCCCGAGAAAGAUUGGAGCUUGGCAAGGCUUUGGUCCGGGCUAGCGACAAGGACGAUUGCGAAGGAACAGAAAAAGAGCUCGACAGCGAGAAGGUGCCCGAGUGGGAUCGAACAUAUCAGCUUUUAAGUGCUGAUAUUGUGGCAUCUGGCAGUGGCACUGCGCAGCGGAUCUUCUACAAGAUGUGCAGCGGGGAGACGUCUGUUCGAGAUGGGGUGUCAGCGGCAAAGCAACUGAUCAUGGAUGGUUUCCAGUGGUGCCGAGACCAUUGUGCAAUCCAACCUGAGCGGGUGCAACUCCACAAUCGCCAGAACGGGGUGUUGUGGCCAUGGGAUGUUCUAGCGCACAUGUGGAACAGCCCAGGGCAUACCAAGUUUCUAUCUUGGAUUCAUGACCCCAUGGAAGAAGCAAGUGCACGUUGUGCGGAGUAUUGGGAGCGGGUUUCCCAUUUGCCCUUCUUCGAGAAACUGGAUGUCAAGAACCCUGAGAAAACAAUACCCUUGUCGUGGCAUAUGGAUGGUGUGAAAGUUUUCAAAACGCAGAAGGUUUGGGCUUACAGCCAUUCAAGUGCAAUCAGGAAAGGUCCAUCGAUUGACACCAAGACCCUGUUCCUACUCUUCCGGGAUAAUGUCAUGGUUAAGCCACAUACCCAUGAUGCUGUUGGAAAUCUUAUAGCCUAUGUCAUGGACGUUCUCCAAUCUGGGAUGUUUCCAAGCAAAGACCCUGAUGGCAAUCCAUUUCCACCCCAUUCAGUGCAAGCUCAAAGGGCAGGUACUUACUUUGCUGGUGGGUGGUGUGCUGCGUUCGCAUGUUUCAAAGCUGACUUGGAGGGGCGAGUUUUAGCCCACAAACUUGUCCGCAACUGGGCAUCGGACUCUAUUUGCGAGCAUUGUUUGGCGAGCAAGCUGCCUCAGUUCACGUACGGGGAUUUCAGCGAUUCAGCAGCGUAUUGGGAUUGCAUGUUUACCCACCAACAAUUUCUGAUGCUGAACCCUCCAGGGAAGACAUCUUCGUGGGUCAAUGUUCGGGGUUGGGACAUCAGUCGCAAUUUGGAU